AUGCUCAAACAGAAACGAAAUCGCCCUAAUCGCUUUGCAUCUGCAGCAACUCGACAUCAACAUAUUUACGUCGACAAGGGAACACCUCACGAUCCGCUUGCAGGCUCACCAUACCCUUCACGAUUGAACUUUUACACCGAACCACCACCUCUCGAAAUCACCAUUGAAGAGUUUGAACUCUUUGCACUCGAUCGUCUCCAAGUCCUCAAGACACUCGAAUCAGCAGCACUUCGCAAUAAACGUGGACCUGACUACAAACGCCAAGUGGAUCAAGCUCUUGAAAAGUUUCUUCCAAUGAAAUCCAACCUCACACAAUCCACCAAGCUCCUGGAAGAACGGAGGAAGGAUCAUGUCAGUCACUUUGUCUUACGGCUUGCUUAUUGUCGAAGUGAGGAUUCUCGUGCAUGGUUUUUGCGACAAGAAUGUGCUCUCUUCAAGUAUCGCUUUGAACAAGAAACCUUGGAAGAAAAGAAGAAGUUUGUUGCCGGUUUAAAGUUGAGCUGGACACCUCUUGAACCUGAAGAAAAGCGGCGGAUACGGGAUAAGCUGGAAGCAUGUGCUAUAUGGAAAGCAAGCAAAGCCAAUCAAUCUACACGUGCCAUUGUCGAAAGUGAAACUUACUUUAAGGUUGAUUUUGAAAAAGUGCCGGAUUUGCUCUCGAAUCGAUCAGUCUAUAUUGAAGGAGGUGUAGCCUAUGUGCCCAUGUCCGAUCAAGUCAGUCUGGUCAUGGAUGAAUUUAGGAGAAUGUUGUCAGCUGCGCUGGAAGCAACUGCAAAGGCAUUACCAAGGAUGGAAGAGGAUGAUCGUCUACGACCGAUUCUUGUGAAUGUGGAAAAGCAGUAUAUGGGCAAAGAGUAUGGUGUGGAUGGUGCUGUCACGGGUACUGUGCGUGCUGGUGAUGUGGAUAAGCUUGUUCGUGCACACGCCCCUCUUUGUAUGUCACAUUUACAUGAAGCAUUACGAGCGGAUAAGCAUCUUCGACAUGGUGGCCGUAUGCAAUAUGGUCUUUUCCUCAAGGCUAUUGGUUUAUCGGUGGAUGAAGCAUUGGUUUUCUGGCGAACAGCAUUUUCCAAGUUUCCAGACGACAAGUUUCAAAAGGAAUACGCUUACAACAUUCGACACAACUAUGGCUUGGAAGGCAAACGUGUUAGCUAUGCUCCCUACAGCUGUAUGAAGAUUAUUCAAGGCAAUCCACCAUCAACCGGAGAUCAUCAUGGUUGUCCCUUCCGCCAUUUCUCACGUGGUAACCUGGAAGCCAAGCUUUAUCGUAAUCGUGUCAGCACUGUCCAUGUCAACGAGAUUAUGAACCUUGUCGAGAGCAAACAUUAUCAAAUCGCCUGUACUCGCCUUUACGAAGUGACUCAUCCAGACCAACCCGGCAAAAUCGACCCUAUCGAGCAUCCCAACCAAUACUAUGAAUACAGCAAAAAGCUAGCUAACGGUGAUGUUACCCCAACUGAGAAUAAGGAUGAUGCCAUGGAUAUAGAUCGAUGA